AUGGGUAAGUAUUCCUGGGAACCCAAAGCGGAGGAUGAGUCCCGCACCUGCAAAGCCCGCGGGUCUUACUGGCGUGUGCAUUUCAAGAAUACUCAUGAAUGCUGCAAGGCAAUUAAGGGCAUGACCCUCCAGCGUGCCCAAGCAUAUUUGAAAAAUGUGAUCGCCAAGAAGGAGAUUGUCCCUUUUCGCCGAUUUAAUGGUAGCGUUGGCCGUCAUGCCCAGGCAAAGGUGUGGGGUGUUGUACAGGGCCGGUGGCCGAAGAAAUCUGCCGAGAUGCUUUUGCAUCUUCUUCACAACGCCUUCAGUAAUGGGGUUAACAAGGAUAUCAAAGGGGGCGAAGCUAGCCGCCUUUACAUCAAACACAUCCAGGCUAAUCCCGCUCCACCCAUGCGGCGUCGAACAUAUCGUGCCCAUGGUAGAAUCAAUCCAUACAUGUCCUACCCCUGCCACAUUGAAGUCAUCUUGGCUACCAAGGAGGAUGUAGUCCCGAAGGUUGCGCCUACCGCCGGACAACCGAUCAAAAAGAAGGAGUCGAAGAAAAAGUUAAAGCGUCAGGCAAUGAAAGCUGAUGAUUUUUAA